AUGGCCACCGAACAGAAAGCGCUCUUACUCCCAGCAACGUUCGCGGAUUUCGUGGUCGGAACCAAAUCGAUUCCCAAGCCAGGUCCUGGAGAGCUCCUGGUCAAAGUCCACUCAACGUCGCUCAACCCAGUUGACUGGAAGAUCCAUAAGUAUGGCUUUCUUGUUGAAAACUUCCCGGCCGUCCUUGGGAUUGAUCUUGCAGGAGAUGUGGAAGAGGUCGGAGAAGGUGUCACUGCCUUUGUGAAGGGAGACAGAGUUUUCGCGCAGGGUCAGUACAAGCCGGAAUGGGCGAGUUUCCAGCAAUACACCAAGACCGUUGCUAUUUCCACAAGCAAGAUCCCGGAAAAUAUAUCCUAUGAACAAGCUGCAACGAUUCCACUCGCCCUGACGACGGCGUACACGGGACUCUAUAGCAAUAAGCCAUAUGGGGGAGGGUUAGAAGCUCCUGUUGAGCCGAUUGCGGUAGGAAAGUACGCUGGCUCCGCAAUCGUUGUCCUCGGAGGAUCAAGUUCUGUGGGACAAUACGUCAUACAGUUCGCCAAGCUUUCGGGGUUUUCGCCCAUCGUAACAACGUCCUCCGUUAAACAUACGGAUUACCUCAAAACAAUUGGCGCAACGCAUGUUGUAGACCGCAACUCAUCUCUUCUCGCACAAAUUAAGAAUAUCACAAAGCAGCCGAUUCCUUUCGUAUACGAUGCUAUUUCGGAAAGGUCUACGCAACAGGCGGGCCUGGAUGUUCUUGCAGAUGGCGGCACUAUGGUGACGGUCUCGCCCGUCGACUCACAGGUCGAGGGUAAAGAAGCCAUACACGUUGUGGGAUUGUUGACAGCCCCUGCACAUUUGAAAUUGCUGGAGACGCUUUACAGCACGAAGUUGUCCGGCUGGCUGGAAGAAGGUAUAAUCAAGCCCAACCGUGUCGAGUAUCUUCCAGGUGGACUAGGAGCGAUUGUCGCUGGCCUGAAGCGAUUGGAGAACAAUGAAGUGUCUGGGGUGAAGCUUGUCGUUCACCCUCAGGAUCUGGAAUGAUGAGAGAAUGGCCUCCGCUGAUAACCUAGUACCUACGAACAUCCAUACCCAUUGCAAGCCCCUUACAGAUGUGAAAACGAGAUAUACAAUCGUUGCUUCAUGAUACGGUCAAUUUAAAGUCUUCCGACUGAUACCUAUGUGAGAUCAAUGAUGCCUCCAGGCGAAUUGUUGAAGUUCAUCUCGACGGGUGUAUCUUCCAUCUUUACUUUCUUCCGUGGACGCUAUGUAUCCCUGUUCCCGCGCCUAGCACGAACUUCAAGCAGCAAGGCUUUCUCCUCCUCCUCCUCAUCGUCGUCCUCAUCGUCCCCGUCCUCCUCGCUGUCUUGACAAUCUUCCUGCUCUGCUGGACGUUUGGGUGCCCUCCUGGGGGACUCUGGGGCUUGUAGACGGGCUUCGGGCGAUGACUGAACAACGCCAUUCGCUUGGAGCAUAGCGAGAUUUCUGUAUUUGAACACGAACGUUACAAGGGUCUCAAUGUGAAAUGUUUUCUGCCAUUUGGUCAAACCAGACGUGACCUUCUCCUCCCCGAACCCGAUCCUGUGCGCCAUCAUUUUCUUUGAGCGUUCAUGAACCUUUCUGUCCAUGGGGGGUUGGUUCCACUGUUGACAGAGUCCCACCAUUUCGCCAAGUUUGACUUGGCUGAUUUUCAGUCGGAUCUCCCCAAUAUCUUUGGAGGAAGUGGUUGAG